AUGAGUUCACAUGCAACGCCAGAGCCCCCUUCUGGCUCUUCUAGCAUCAAGCCGAACCCCAUCCUAAUCCGCGCCCUCUCGCUCUCCCUUUCUCCCAGGGAAUACGAGCUCAUCCACAACAGCUUGGUUAAGAGACUUCCCCCAAAGCUCAAAGGCCGGACGAUCUCCCCUGAUACUGUCACUGCUAUCGCCGAAUCUCGCGACCAAUACACUACCGAAGCGUUCCGGUCUUCGUUGCGAGUAUUCCUGGUUACGGGCGCCAUAGGGAAUAUUGCGGAGAUUCUCGCGAAACUCCUGCUAAAAAACCCGCAAACUGCACCGAAAGGUACCAUUUUCCGGCUGUCGCUUUCUCAUUCUCUAUUCGUCCUUGCGAAUCGCCUCUUAUAUCGAUUCUUCUCUCGAUUGCGUGCCAAUCUUCGCACCGAAGAUGCCCGUCCAUUUCGCAAACGGAAUCCGCGCAUAGCGAAGGCUUUGACUUGCAAAUACACACCCGCCAUCGGGGCCAGUCUAGCUUGCUUUAUCCUUGGACUCUAUCCACGGGCCCAGCUUCGCAUAACGGCUGCGAUAUAUACGACGACGAGGGCAUUGGAGUUCGUAUACAAUGCGCUUCGGGAAAAAGGGUGGUUCCGGAAUAAGCCAUGGUGGGUUGGAAGCUGGCUACUCAUGCCGCUCUCUUGCGCACAGUUGUUCCAUGCAUUCAUUUUCGACAGAGAAACAAUACCAAAGUGGUUCGGUGAUUUUAUCCUGAGAUUUUCACCGGGAUAUAUACAGGACCGUCCAGAGGGCUUUCCCACGGAAUUACGCUGGCCAGACAAAUAUGAGACUGUUGACGCGUUGGCAAAAAUUUCGGAAUUGAAGUGGCCCGCAUUCAUAUCGCCUAUUCUCCAUCCUAACAAUCCCAACACGCUACCUACGUCUCUCCAGGGAAUAUCGCUCAUUACAUCUCCAGCACAUCCAGCGAUGUCAUCAUUAUCGUGCGCUCUCCUCCACCCGAAAACCCCGUCAUGCCUCACUGCGUUUCUCCAGCAAAAUCUCCUCUCCAUCCCCCUCCUUGCGCGUUCCGUCAGCAAGGUUGCCCUAGCCUUAUCUCUCCUGAAGCUUAAAUCCUUUAUAGUCCACCCAAUCGCUAGCAUCAACGCUUUAUCUCGCAAGAUCCUGUCCUGGACGGCAGUUCUAUCAGCCGCCAUCGGAUCCGCCUGGGGUAGCAUCUGCUUCUUCAACGGCGUUCUGCCGCGCUCUGUCCUCCGAACUCAGCGAUUCUACCUUAGCGGCGCGCUCGCCGGGGCGCCAUUCAUGUUCUUUGGUGCCGCAGGCUAUCGGUCACAUUUUUUCUAUUUCUUCCGUCUUGCUAUAGCCUCGGCGUGGAAGGCCGGAGUCAAGCGAGGGCUAUGGCGUGGAUGGAAGGGCGGAGAGCUGUGGGUCUUGGCCGUUUCGUGGGCAGUGAUAGGCGCUGUUUUGGAGAGUCAUCCAAACGCGAUUGCGGGACCAGGAUUCAGAAAAGCUCUGGCGUGGAUUCGCGGGGACGGAUAUACGGAUCUAGCAGAGCUUCGGGCGAAGAAGAAGGGAAAGAAGCCAGCUGUGGAGUAAGAAAAAGCCUGAGUCUUUUUUGUUGCUUCCCGAAUGUACUAUUUAAUUAAUGAUUGUCGAUGUCGAAGCAUUGUUUCACUUGGGAAUUCUUUAGGCGUUGCUUACUUGUUCUCUUGGAUUGUUAUGACGAAAUCGCAAAUACAUACUGUGAAUAUUCUCGGUCUAUA